AUGGUAUAUCGCUUGUCUCAAAAACUUCCUUAAAAAAAAAAAAAACAAAGCUAGCUAGAUAGAGUCCAUGGCAGUGAACAAAGUGAGUUUGAAACUUGUGAUUGACACAGAGAGGCGCAGAGUGGUUUACGCUGAAGCAGGCAAGGAAUUCGUGGAUUUCCUCUUUAACAUUCUGGCACUGCCGAUCGGGACUUUCGUCCCGCUUCUGAAUCAAGAAAUGGUGGGCGGCUUGGGAAACAUUUACGACAGCAUUGAAAACAUAAGCAGUGUUUACCUAAAACCAAACGUGAAAGACUCUCUGUUGACGCCCAAAGUAUACAUCUCUAGUGGUACUGGAGGAGGGCUUCUCGAAUUGCCAAACGUAACAUCAACAGUACCCAGGAAAUUGUAUGGCACUAGUUGUUGCCGCAACCUGUUCGACGACGACAGCAAACGUUGUUCUUGCCAGAAAGCGUAUUACAUCGAGGAGUUUAGUCAUCGAGGCAAACCAAGGGUAAACGAUCCCUACUUCUACAGUAGUGAUGUGACUGGGGGAGGGUGCGUGGAAGAGGCGGUUAUGUACAUGGUGAUGGAUGAUCUGGCGGUGAAACCAUUGUCUACAGUUUCUAUUAUCAGUCUUCUUGACAAGUUUAAUGUCAAGGAUAUGGGAACUCUUGAGGAGAAAAUGGUGGAUUUGGGCAUGGAUGAGAGAAACCAAGCUUCAUUGUCCAUGGCAGCUGUAACGUCCAAAGUGAACUUGAAACUUAUGAUAGACACAGAAGGCCGCAGAGUGCUUUAUGCCGAAGCAGGCAAGGAUUUUGUGGACUUCCUCUUUUACAUUCUUGCCCUGCCCGCCGGAACUUUCAUUCCGCUUCUCAAUCAAGAAAUGGUGGGCAGCUUGGGAAACAUUUACGACAGCAUUGAAAAUUUGAGUACUAGUUACCUUCGACCAAACGUGACGAAGGACUCUCUCUUAAAACCCAGAGCAUAUUUCUCUGCUGAUACUGGACUCCCUCUCCAUUUGCCAAACGUUGAAUCAUCCAGGAAAUUGUAUAGGUGCCACUGCGAAAGCGUGUCUUAUGACAGCAACGCAUUCUGUUCGAAAUGCUCGAGUUAUAUACGCAGCGAGUCAAAAUAUAUAGGCCCACCAUGCGCAAACGAUCCCUACUCCAGUACUGUUGGAGAUUAUGUGAAAGAAAAGGUAACAUACAUGGUGAUGGAUGAUCUGGCGGUGAAACCAUUUUCCACAACUUCUCUUACCACACUGCUUAACAAGCUCAAUGUCAAGGAUAUAGGAGCUCUUGAGGAGAAAGUGGUCGAUUUGGGCAUGGAAGAGGUUGUGAAAUUGCUCAAAGCUUCUCUGCUAACAAAGAGUAGUAUUCUCACUGAUGUCUUCCUCCCGAUUGUGAAAGAGGAAGUUAAUUAAUUGCCAACAUGAGGUAGAAGGGAAUUUUUAAUAUUUAAGUGCACCAAUUCUAGCUGUGGGAUCGAUUGCCAAGAAGUGUUGUUGUUUCAAAUAUAUUAUAUAUAGUAAAUGUUAGUCAAAACUGGUAUGGCAAUGUUCAGGGAAACAUGCUUGCUCUUCUCAGUUUCAAGAGAUGAGAUGUAAGUGUGUGUAAGUUUCUAUUAAUUAUCUGCGGAUAGAUGUUAAUUAGUAUGUGUAAGAUUCUACUAUUUAUUAUCUGCGGAUAAAUGUAAUCAAGUAUGUGUAAGUUUUUAUUACUAAUUAUCUACGGAUAGAUGUAAGUAUGUACUAUGUAAGUCUCUAUUA